AUGUCUGGUCGGCUCACUGGCACCUUACCAGCGCAUUCUUCCUCAGCCCCGGCUUGUACCAAGGCAGCUAAGAAUAAUGUGACGCCUUUAACUGCUUACCUGCCCGUUUCCAGCACUUCCUCUUCCAUCGUUAGUCGUUAUGUCGAGUCUAAACUCGCUGAUGCAGUGCAGAUGCCUAUUGACUCCAUGGUUAACACCACUAGUAAUAUAGCCAGGCAAGUAACUUCAAAAAGAACAGCCAAACGGCCAGCAUGUGUUCCACCAACUACCCCCUUGUCAAAUGCUUCUUCUGGCGGUUAUGUGGCUACUUCAAUUUCUCUUAACGUUGCUACGCCUAGUUAUCUACCGAAAACUCCCAACGCCACUGUUCCUAAUCUGCCUCAUCUCCAUUCCGACAAGGUAAAAUCUUCAGACCAUGCAAUGCCCAUAGUUUCUACUUCCAAGUGUUCGCUGACUGUCCCCGAGAAGAUCUCGUCUAUCUGCCGCUUUUCUAGAAACCGACAAUUGGAAAUGGCCUGUUCACCAAAGCAAAAUCUCUUCGAUAUUGAGGAGCACAGUCAACCAUUUGUUGCCGACGACUUUGCGCAUAGAGCCGAAGCUCUCUCACUUGACAGGUGGGCAACUUAUUUGGUUUGGUAUAUGUACACAUAA